CUGUUGGCUCAGAGCCCUACCUGGGGCUCCAUCUUACAGACCAAACCGUGAGAUCAUGAUCUGAGCUGAAAUAAAGAGUCAGAUGCUUAACCAGCUGAGCCACCCAGGUGCCCCAGGAUUUGCCCUUUAAAGCAGAAUAAGACACUACUGUGUUGAUGCAAAAUGAACAAACCUUUUUUUUCUUUUUUAAGUUUUAAAGGAACAGAGUUUUUUAUUCGAGCCCCAGUUUGGACAGCUGCCCCAGAUACACAAUCUUCACGAAGAAGAGAUCAUUCCAGGGAAGGAACAUUUGGUGCAGGGUUAUAUGUUUUGUUUUGUGUUGUGUUGUGUUGUGUUGUGUUGUUUUGUUUUACAUACUUACACAUCAUCAUGACAAAUGACAUUAUAGAAAGAGACUUUACCUAUGUUUUCAGUACGUGCAAGGCUGUGUGAAUUUAAUCUUGUGGGAACCAGGGAGGUUUUUUUUUUUUUUUCUUUAUGUUUGGAAUGUUCUUUUCAUUGUUUUAGUGAAGCAGAUGUAUAGUGUUCUGGCCAGAAAUAGAGCUCAUGCUUCAAGAUUUUACCAAGUCAUUUUGACCUUGGUAAAUGUUAAUGUUCCUUUAUUUCAUCAACUCUGUGAUGCAUGUAUAUAUAUUUAUUAAAAUAUAUAUAUUUAUCAUAAUUUCUUUAUCCAUUUCUCUUCAAUGGACAUUUAGUUUAUUUCCAUAACUUGGCUAUUGUGGAUAGUGCUACAAGGAGCGUGAAUGCAGAUAGGUCUUUGAGAUCCUGAUUUCCAUUCUUUUGAGUCUCUAUACCCAGGAAUGAGAUUGUUGGAUCAUAUGAUAGUUCUAGUUUUAAUUUUUUGAGGGAGUUUCAUGCUGUUUUCUAUAGCGGCUUGCCAUUUUACAUUCCUAUCAACAGUGCGCAAGGGUCCAAUUUCGCCACAUUCUUGCCAACACUUACUUUUUUUUUUUUUUUUUAAUAACCAUGCUAACUGGUAUGAGGUGAUAUUUCAUUGUGGUUUUGAUUUGAAUUGCCCUCAUAAUUAGUGAUGUUGAGAAUCUUUUCUUAGACUUUUUGGCCUCUUAAAGGAGAGAACGUCAGGAAGAAGAUAGGAGCAAUCAGGGCAUUGCAAGUCUUGAUUAUACAAAGACAUUAAUCAUGGGAACUCAAAUCCUCAUGUUCCAAGCCCUCCCCCAAGAAGAAAGAACAGGACUGAAAUCAACAUCUUUGAACGUGAAACCUUGGGCAAGUGUGCAUGCUUUCUCGUAGGAAAGAUGUAGCAAAGUACAAGCUUGAUUAAAGCAGUGUGUCCGGGGAUAACCAGUUCCGACUGCUUCAUUGUGUGAAGGUGAGAGAGCGCCAGCGACCACUGGUAUCAGUAUCCACGGGGUUAUGUCCACACAUCUGAAACCUCCUUAGAGGUCAGUACGGCCCUUUAUUAUUAUUUCCAUGUAGUGUAAAUCUCACUUAGUAAGGCUAGUAUUUUCUCAGCAAACUCGUGAGAUGGUGUAUAUAUACAGAUGCAUGCAUUCUCACUAACACACAGAAUUGGUAGAUACUUGUGUGUGCCGUCGCGGUGAGACUUUAUAACCAAGACGGUAGCUCUGUCGGUGUGGUUCCUUUUGCUCAAAUGCAAAGCCAGUGUGCAUUACCAAGUCAGACACGAUGAAAAUAAUACAAGGACCGCUUCCUGGUGACCUUGUGGGCUGUUUCUGCACACAUGGAGCUAGGCUUUUGCCUGGACUUCAGAGAAGUGUAUUCUGUGGAGCACUUCUAUGGCCCUGUCAGCAAACUAGAUGUCACUACGGGUGGGAGGUUCCAUGGUGGCAGCAGUUGCCUGAGCCUGGUCUCCGGAUGACUCGCCUGGCUGUGAGCUUCAUGAAGGGCAGCUACUACCCCACUGAGGAGCAGAUCUAGAAUUCCUGAAUGUAAUGGGGGCGUAGGCUGGGAGGAGGCAUUUCUUUGGGAGCCCAGGAAGCUCGCUACCAGAGAUUUGGUGCCGCAAAAGUACCUGGGGUACCGCCAGGUGCCGGCUAGAGAUCCACCAUGCCCCGGGCUCCCGUGGGGCCCGAGAGCCCAUGUGGAGACCGGAAAGAGUCAAGUCCUGGAGGUUUGAGGAAGGCCACUUACAAUGUCCACUGUUCCUUCCCAUAUCGAUAUCAUGAGGCUUUCCAAAGUGGUUUCUUCAGUUUUUGUAGUUUGUGGUUGAACACCGCCAUCUCGGGGUUCCCUUCCCCACACACUCCCCUUCCCUUCUCUAGCAGCACACCACACCACACUACCCUUUCCCUUCUGUGUGCACACACGCACAGGGCUCUGCUCUCCAUCUUCUCCCUGCCCCUUCCUUCCGUGUGCGUGCAAUAUCCCCUCCCGUCUCUCUCCUUCCCUCGCCUUCCCUCGUGUCCACACACUGCACUUUCCCCUCUGUCCCACCCUCCACACACGAGCUACAGUCUCCGUUCCCGUCCUCCUUUUCCUGUCGCCACCUACACUACACAUUUCCUUCUCUUCCCUUCCCUUGUCACACACACUGCACUUGCCUUUUUCAUCUCUUCCCUUCCCUGCCUUGCCACACACACACUACCCCUGUCAUUCCUUUCCUUCUCUUCGUGCUUUAUCCCUCCCUCCUGCCCCCUCCACACAACUAUAGUAUUCCCACCCUUUAUCCACACACAGUGGAUAUCCACACUCCCUUUCCUUCUCUUCCUGCACACACACAACGCACUGCCCGUUCCCUUCUCCACACAACCCCCCCCCAAACACCACAUGGCCUCUUCUCAUUGUCCCUUCUCCCCACGAGCUACUGUGGCCCGUUCCCUCUAUUCUCUUCCCUUCUUUUUUUCUACGUGCACAGACAACACCAUCCUCUCCCUUUCCUUUCCUCCCCUAGAAGAGUUCAGUGUGCAUGUGUGGACGAAUGCAGAAAGAAUCCCUUCCUUUCCCUUCUCUACCCGCUCCACUUCCUGUCUCCUUCCCUUCAACAUGCACACCCUACCCCCCCACCCCUCAUCCUAACACACAAGGGCACUGUCCUUUCCCUUUUCCCCUUCCAUUCCCUCUCACCCACACUACUCUGUUCUCUCCCCUCCCCACACCACACUAUCCUCCGUGCACGUGUUUUACUCCUCCGUGCACGUGUUUUACUCCUCCCUCCUUCUCCCCCGCACACUACCCAGUC